AUGAAAGAAAACGAUUACAAUUUGUGCAGAAACAUGGAGGUAUCACAUUCUCUGACAUUGAAUGAGGCAGCUCUGCAACAAUUACCAGACGAUAAAAAACCACACUUUAUAUUUGAAUGGCUACGUUUUCUAGACAAGGUUUUAGUGGCUGCACAUAAGUCUGACAUCAAAAGCUGCCAGCAAAAGCUUGUGGCACAACUAGUGAAUCUUUUAAGAGAAUCACUUGGUGCACCAGCCCGUAGACUUCUUGCAAGAUGCUUAGCUACACUAUUCUCGGUUGGGGAUACAUUCCUCUUGUUUGAUACGGUAAACAAAUGCAAUGACAUAAUCAAAGUGAAAGAUGAUUCACCAUCAUAUUUACCAACUAGACUUGCUGCCAUUUGUUGUUUGGGCAGUAUGUAUGAGAAACUGGGUCGGAUGAUGGGAAGGUCAUACGAAGAGACUGUAGCCACCCUUGUGAGAUCACUAAAAAGUUCUGAGUCCCAGACAAGAUUGGAAAUUAUGAUUACUUUGGAAAAGAUCUGCGUGGGUAUGGGCACGGCCGCGGGAACGGCGCUGCGCGAGGUGUCGCGCGCGGCCCGCACCGCUCUGCUCGGCGAGCGCGCGCCCGCCGUGCGUGCGGCGGCAGCGAACGCCCUCAGGCGCGUGCUGCCCUUAAUGCGGCUCGCGCCCGCCGAUGUCGACGCGAUCGCCGCGGCGUGCUUGCGCGCCGCCCACCCCAGCGACUAUGCGCUCAGAUGUGCUGUGGCAGAGCUUUUAGGCGCUCUCAUAGCUACUACCCAAGCUGGCGAUAUCAACAAUACAAACAAUAAAAUGAAGAUAGGCAUUCAAUCAGUUCAACAAAGCAAGAAGGAUUCACAGAAGAAUGUUGUCUCAUUGGACGAAGCCUUAAACCUGUUGAUGGGCGCAUUCCUCAGAGGCGGCACAUCGUUUCUCAAGGGUGACAUUAUUAAGUCUGGGUCAGGUGUUAAUAGGGAGGUGCGGGUGUGUGUUACACAUGCGUACGUGGUAUUCGUGCAGAAUAUGGGCGGAGUUUGGUUGGAGCGCAACAUGACCACGUUCCUCACGCACGUGCUGGAUUUGGUCGCCAAUCCAAAGGCUGCCAGUUCACACGUGGACGCCGUGUAUUCCAGGAAGUGCAUAAAUUACAUUCUACGAAACACGUUAGGGAAAAUGCUCGGAGAGAAGGCGCAGGCUUCCGCAUGCAAGGAAAUCAUUCAAAUUGUUGCGAAGCAAAUGAACAGCAUUGACUUCAAUCCGGAGAAUGCUAAGGAUUGCAAUCAGGAGACCCUGUUCAGCCAGCACCUGCUGGUGUGCGCUCUCACCGAGGCUGGUGAGCUGGCAGAACAGCUGGGCACCUCUGUGCACAACCUCACCACCGACACCGGCCUCAACAUGAUCGACACGAUAUUCACGGUACAGAGGCGUACUACUACACGUGCACGGCUCACGCACACAGCGACAAGCGCGAAGCAGCGAAACUUUAUG